AUGAUGACGGAAACGGUGCGCGUAGCUGUUCCAGGGGCCACCUGCAAGCACUCCACAACGGAGCAGCUGGGUGCAGCCAGGGCUCCGCUGAAGGAGCCUUUUCAGCCUGACCAGCCUAUGGCUUUCCAUCCGCCAGAGGACGCCUCUGGUCAGGCUGCCACUCGCCGUGGGCCCCUGGCACCGCAGCUGUUUGACGUCAUCAACGCAAGUGCCAAUGCAGCCUCCUCCUUCUCCGUCACAGACACCCCUUCUGCCACCACCCCUUCUGCCUCCACCUCAGCUGCAGCCACCGCCUCUGCCCCCAGUGAGCCACGCUCCACAGCCUGGCAGAGGAAGGUCCGGGAGGAGCUGCAGCGACAGGCCCAGAAGGAGGGUGCUCUCCUCAACAGGUCUAGAAAGGACUUCCAGCACUUUCUGUGCAAGUGCUGUGGCCAGCCAAAGACCAAAGAAUACGGCCACAGUCACUACAGAGGAGAACACUUUUGCUCCCGGGCCGAGGGCCGCUCGGUGGAAGAAUGGCUGGCAGAGAAAAGGAGCCAGGAACCCAAAAAGACUGAAGCCACCCAGCCUGCCACCCUGCUUGCCCCAAAGACUGCCCGAAACAUUGCCCGAAAGACUGCCCCACAGCCUCCCCCAUAAACUGCCAGGCUCACAGGCCUGCCCCACAGCUCAAGGUUCAUCGGAGAAUGAGGAUGACGACCAGCUGAUGAUGAAGCAGAUGGCUGCUCCUCCUCCUCCUGUGGCAGGAAGAGCUCCACCUCCCUCACCUGUUGUGAACAUUGAACAUUUUGUAGCUGGGUGUUUAAAGCAGCAGCUCAGUGAACUGCGCUUUUUUGUUGUGUUGCAGCUCCUCCUGCCGGGAGCUUGGAGGAGCAGCCUGCCUCCAGAGCAGUAGGACUGGGUCAGCAAGGCCCUGUUUGUACCGGACCAGACAGGGAGGGCAGUCCUGUCUGAGGAGCUCCAGCUGUGGUACCACACGCCUGGUCCCCAGUCGGUUUACAGCCAGCGUCCCUCCAGCCCUGAAGCCUUCUUCCAGCGGCCCUUCUUCUUCUGGGCUCUGUAUCGGAUGGGGCUCUAACACCUCAAGUGUCCAGACUGCAAGCACAAGCUGACCAGCUGCGCAAUCUAUAAAACGAUGCGCAAAGGACUCGGUACAACCAGAAGAGGAGGGACAAGACAGCAGUGGAGAGGAAUAAGAAAGAACAGGAGGAGUGUGUGAGAGAGGGAGAGAGGGAGAGAGAAAGAUGUGUAAAUAUGCUAUCGCAAUGUUGUACUGUAUGCAGCCAUGCCCCUAAAGCCAAUUGAGUUGAAAUGGAUAUCUUCUAUAAUGUUGCACUGCAUGAAUGUUCACUAUCAUGCAUCACUCGGGUGUUCUCCUCAUCACAGAGAUAUCAGAGUACAGAAAAACAAAAAGUCAUAAAGGAUCUGCACUGACAUAGCAGCGAUUGUUUUGUGAGAUAUACAAUGCAUUGGACCAUAACCCUAACCCUCAGUAACACUGUGACAUUUUAAGAUGUGUUCAGAUGUGUUUCCACUUUAAUUGACGUUUUGUAAAGACACAGAUGUUCUCAGGUAGCCGCCCUCCCUCCUGAUAAAGGUGCUUGUUAAUGUGUUCAUUCUGAAUACAGUAUGCACUGUGCUGGACCUCAGUUACACUGUGAAUCCCUGAUAUUAAACUGUGUUCUGCCUCAAAUGCUCUGUCUGAUGUAUACACUGUGUUAUUACAGUUGGCUUGUAUUCAUCACUGCCUUGAAAGGAAUAAAUUUAGAUGCAUUUCAAAGUCAGAUUCUCU